GGAAAAUUAUAUUAUUUAUUUAUUUAUUUUGCAUACCGAAGCAUCUUCUUCUUCCUAUUUUCUUACUUCUCUCUUCCUAUAUUUAUCCACUUCACAGAUUCUCUCCGAGAGAGAGAGACAGAGAGAGCGAUAAAAUACAGAAGGGAGAGAGCGAGACUGAAAUAGAGAGACUGAGAUUCUGUUCAUAGAGAAUAUGGACGGCGUCGGAGGCGGGACGGCGAUGUACGGUGGCGUUGAGACGGUGCAGUAUGUACGGAGGCAUCAUCAACACCACUGCAGAGAAAACCAGUGUACCUCUGCUCUUGUCAAACACAUCAAAGCUCCGGUUCACCUGGUUUGGUCACUCGUGCGGAGAUUUGAUCAGCCGCAGAAAUACAAACCAUUUGUGAGCAGAUGCACAGUGAUCGGUGAUCCAGAGAUCGGCAGUCUCAGAGAAGUAAAUGUCAAAUCCGGCCUUCCCGCGACAACAAGCACCGAGAGAUUGGAGCUGCUCGACGACGAUGAACACAUCCUCGGCAUCAAAAUCAUCGGUGGUGAUCACAGGCUCAAGAAUUACUCUUCGAUAGUGACUGUUCAUCCAGAGAUAAUCGAGGGGAGAGCAGGAACAAUGGUGAUUGAAUCGUUUGUAGUCGAUGUUCCUGAAGGAAACACAAAGGACGAGACUUGCUACUUCGUCGAAGCGCUCAUAAGAUGUAAUCUCAAAUCAUUAGCAGAUGUCUCAGAAAGAUUGGCUUCCAAGGACAUAACUCUUCUCUGAACAUGCUCGAUGGGUUAUCAGUUCCACUGUGUGAUAUGAUAUUCGUCACAUAUAGAGACUCUCCACGGUUACAUAUGUGUGAUAGAUAAUGAACAACUUCUUAGAAGAUGUAUUUUUUUCCAAUUGUGAUGUAAAAAAAUGUCUUCUGGUGGUUUGUGACCGUUGCUGGAUUUGUAUAAAUACAAUAUGUAAAUGUGAAUGUUUAUAUACAACUAUUUGAAAAUGGUUUAUAUAGGAAAGCAAUCAAGUUAUAAUUCUCUGUUUAGCAGAACCUAAUAUGAAGGUGUGAUUUCACCAUUUAUCGGGAAAAGUUUGGAGUCG